AUGAACAAUCCAUCGUUGUUAGGCUAUCCGAGCCUCGGGCCGCAGCAUCAGCCCAAUAUGAUGCCCAAUAUGCGAGCAGACACGCCUCUUGGGCUUCACCAGCAAUUGCAUAACAAUCCUAUGAUGAGGCCCAACCAGGGCGGUGUAGUUGAUGGGGGUGCGGGCGGCGCAGCUGCCAUGGCGCCCCCGGGUCUUCUAAAUCCAAAUAUUGGAGGUGGCGAUAACAAUUCUCAUCAAUUAUUAAACCACUUGAACCAUGGAAACUCGCUUGGUGGCAACAUGGAUGCACAUAGCAUUGGACCUGAUAGGGCAAUCCACCUAAACUCAGGUAACUUAAAUGUGAACUUGAAUUUGAAUGUAAACGUCGAUCCGAAUGCAAAGAAUCCGCUUUACCACCCGCAUUUAGAGGAUCCCUCACUUUUGAAUAAUCCGAUUUGGAAACUGCAGCUGCAGCUGGCCGCUGUUUCGAUUCAGUCAUUAGGCCAACCCAACGUAUAUGCAAGACAAAAUGCUAUGAAAAAAUAUCUAGUAAAUCAACAGCAACAACAACAACAGCAACAACAGCAACAACAACAACAACAACAACAACAACAACAACAGCAGCAACAACUACAACAGCAGCAGCCACAGGGGCAGAUAGAUGCGCAACGGCAGCAAAUGGGGUUGGCGCAACAGAUGCCAGGCUUACAGCAGAAUAAUUUAUCAGGAUCACUGUUGCUGCCUUCACAGCAAGGGCUUUUGCAAGGAGGACAAGCUCCUCAAGUCUCUGAUGCCUCUGUAUCUUUGGUGGACCGCACGAAACAACUGCUGAUGGAAAUGGCGACGGAUACAAAGGAGGGAUUAUCCGCGGCCGCUGCAGCAAAUGAUAAUGGAUCCAACAACGGUUCUAUUCUUUCUAUGUCGGGUGCAACGUCAAAUUCAAAUACAAGGAAUGGUGGCUUAUCAACUCCAACUACUCCCAAGACAGAACUACAUCACAUGAGGGAGCAAUUAACAGGGACACCGGCAUUACUUUUACAACACAAGAAACUUUCACAGUUCAACAUAGAUGAAGACGAUGAAGUUGAAAAUAGAAGAGUACUUCCAAAGGAUACCAAGUUUGACGAUCAAUUAUGGCACGCGAUAGAUUUUUCCAAUUUACAAAUUUUCAAUAUCAAUUUGAACCUUUUCAAAUAUACUUUUCUCACAAGGUUAUAUCUUAGUGGGAAUAGUUUAACGUCCAUUCCACCUGAGAUAAAAAAUUUGAAUAACUUGCGUGUAUUAGACGUCUCUCAUAAUAAAUUGACCUCGUUACCAAAGGAAUUAGGUGCGUGCUAUCAGCUAAAAUACUUGUAUUUUUUUGAUAAUAUGGUGUCAACGCUACCAUGGGAAUUUGGAAAUUUAUUCAAUUUACAGUUUCUCGGUUGCGAAGGCAACCCAUUAGACAAACAUUUGUUGAAGUUACUGUCAGAAAAAUCAGUUACAGGACUCAUUUUCUACCUGAGAGAUAACAGGCCGGAAGUACCAAUGGUAAAAGAUCGUGAAUUUUUUGAAUUCAGUGUCGAUGGUGAGCUGACAGAAAAAUACCCUUCUAUCAGAGAAUCUAAUGAACAUUUCAAUCGUGAUUUGUCAAAAAGAAGCUUCACCAUCUUAUCAUACAAUACUUUGUGCCAACAUUAUGCAACACCGAAGAUGUACCGCUAUACACCUUCGUGGGCUUUGAGUUGGGAUUAUAGGCGUAACAAGUUAACGGAACAAAUUUUAUCUUAUGCGUCUGACAUUAUUUGUUUACAAGAGGUUGAAGCUAAAACUUUUGAAGAAUAUUGGGCUCCGCUGAUGCAAAAAAACGGGUAUUCAGGCAUCUUCCAUGCUAAGACGAGAGCAAAAACAAUGCAAUCAAAGGACUCUAAAAAAGUUGACGGUUGUUGUAUUUUUUUCAAAGAUGCUGAGUUUAAAGUUACUUAUAAGGAUGCUGCAGAUUUCAGUGGUGUUUGGAUGAAACAUAAGAAAUUUCAAAGAACCGAAGAUUACUUGAAUCGUGCAAUGAAUAAAGACAAUGUUGCAAUAUAUAUGAGACUGCAACAUAUCAAGAGUGGCGAAUCUGUUUGGAUUGUGACGACUCAUUUACAUUGGGAUCCUCAGUUCAACGAUGUCAAAACUUUCCAAGUGGGUGUUUUAAUGGAUCAUUUGGAGACUUUGUUAAAGGAGCAAAACAACACAUCUUUUAAGCAAGAUAUCAAGAAAUGUCCCGUGAUAUUAUGCGGUGAUCUAAAUUCGCAACUGAAUUCAGCUGUUUACGAAUUAUUGAGCACAGGCCGCGUGCAGGCUCAUGAAGAUAUUCAUGGACGAGAUUUUGGUUACAUGACACAAAAGAACUUUUCACAUGGGUUAGCAUUGAAAUCUAGUUACAGCUAUAUCGGUGAAUUACCGUUAACAAAUUUUACCCCAUCAUUUACAAGCGUCAUUGACUAUAUAUGGUUCUCUACUCAAGCCUUACGCCUUCGUGGACUGUUGGGUCCGGUAGACGAGACAUAUAUUUCCAAAUUCAUCGGUUUUCCAAAUGAUAAAUUUCCAAGUGACCACAUACCACUUUUGGCAAGAUUCGAAUUUGUUAAAGGAGGAGCCGGCUCAAGUAGAAAGGUAUAA